GAAGACCCGGAAUCCAAGGCCUGGAAUCUAGAAUCCAAGACCCGGGGGUACUUCCUUUAUGACCUAUACGUGGAUGUAUCGCUGGACAGGGACUGGUUUUCGUCCUCUCUGUCUUUUACAGGGUAUAUAAUUUUGCGCCAGGCUGUCCUUAACAAGGUAAUAAAAUUGAGGCUUUUGUCCUAAACAGAGUAGGUAUUUUAGGAAUUUUCUUGUCCUAAACAGGGUCAGGGUUUCAAACCCUCAGUGGCUCACCUCUACCCAAAUAUUGGUCGAGUACUCCCCGGGAUCCACGACUGUCUUGGAUUGCAUUACAUUCUGCGAUGUGGUUAGUCAGGUGGUGAUUGGUCACCGAUGCAUUUUGAACCUCACUCAUGGCUGGUGGAUCGUUUUUUUUUCGUUCGUUCGUUCGUUCGUUCUUUCUUUCAUGUUCUUUCAUCUCUUUGUUUUCAGUUUGUGUAGCUUAUUCAUGAAUUAAACGAAACACAUUGAUGGGCUUCUUCUACGGGAUUAGAGAUUAAAAAAACGUGGAAAAAGAUAUCUUAGUUGAGAGUCCCCGUGGGAAGCUGAUCGGGACGGAUCUUCUUUAAUCCCUUUUCUACUUGGUAACCACACGGACCCAAAUUUCUCUUUGUAAACACGAAGAAAAGUUGUUCCACUUUCUAGGACCUUCCUGGUGCUAAGAUCUUCUUCCCUCCUUCUAAGUUAAUCCAGACAAUUCUACGUUUUUUUUAA